AUGUUACUGAUAUUUAUGAUCAAAGUAUUGUGUGCUGUGGGUGGAUGUGAAUCUGGGAAGGAUGUUAUGAAUGAACUGGAACAGUUACGUGAAAGUGCACAGGAAAACUUCGAGGAUAUCAAAAAUAACGUAACUGACUAUGAAGAGACACUUAAAAUCGAAAGGAUAGCAGACACAAACUUACCAAUCAAGCAACAGGAAGAGAUAAUCAAACAAGGUUACCCUGAAUUUACUAAUAUUGAUUUCAAUAAGGAUUUCAAUGAAAUAUUGGAGUCACUCAGAAAUUAUGCCAAUACAACACGAGAACCAUAUAAUGACGUUGAUGAAUAUUAUGAAAUGCAGGUGGAUAGCUUAAAUAAGAUAUAUGUGGUGCAACAUUUGUUCUUUGUAAAGAAAAAGAUACAUUUGAAGCAUAUGUCACUUUACCUGAGAGCAGUUAAUUAUGAUAUGCAACUUAACAAUCAACAAAAUAGACAAGAUGGAAGUGAACAAUGUGUUUAUAACUGUUUUGUGAGUGAAACAGUUGCAUGCAACUCAGUAUCAGGAAUAAAAGAAAUUACAGAUGCAAUUUUCAAUAAGAACAGUGAACUUAUAAAAAUGACAAAAAUGUUUAGAAAGCUUGAAGAAACGAUUCUUCGCUUGUUGGACAUAAAAAAGGGAUUUCUCGAUGCGUUUUAUAACAAGUUGUAUGAAAAUGCCAUUUAUGAAAUAGAAAUUACCGGGGCAGCGAUACCAACAGAUGAACAUAUCCAACAGUAA